GUCGCAUUCUGACGCCCCUCGUGUUUGGUUGCUGUCAGACGUCGAAUCGCGUCGAAUCGCUCUAUACGAUCACACCGAUCACAAAUCAUUAUAAACUUAAAACCGUAUGUGGAAAUGUUGGGAUAAGUUUCAAGUCUUCUAAAAACAGCAAUGGGGCGCAUAGCAGGGGCCCGAGGGGCACUGCUCUGUAUCCUCACCAUAGUGCUAGAGUCUAGCGCGAUUAUCCUCCUGCCGCACGAUGUUCGCCCUGGUCACGCUGUACGCCAUUUUGCCGGGAACCAUUCAAGAUAUACACUGCUGGAUCCCGAGUACACUUCAUAUUUCACACUUUUGGACGACGGCCUACUAAUGACUACUGCUGACCUUGGACCUCUAUUAAAUCAACCAUUGAAUCUCGCUAUAUUGGAAAGAACUCCGUAUAGCAGUUCAGCUCAUUCAUUACACCUGUUAGUUAUGGAUCGAAAGAAAAUGCUUAGCUUUUCUACUAUUAAUGGAUUGCAUGGAGAGAUUCCAGAAAAUGCUUCAGAACAAUCUGUAGUGGACCUGCCUCCGAUACGAGCUACAGCUCUUGUUAAUAUUGGACCUAUAGCAUAUAAAAUUAUCAAAGGCAAUGAAGAUUCUAUUUUUGCUUUACGAGAGAAAGACAAAAAUCAAAAUUAUGACCUUAAAUCUGUAGUAACAGAAGGAGAUGUAGAAUUAGUUGCUCUUCGUACAUUAGAUGCUGAGGCUAAGAAUUCUUAUAAUAUUGUUAUUCAAGCCACUGAUUUGCAUGGAGCAAGUAAAGCGAAUUUACCAGUUACUAUAACAGUCUUAAAUGAAAACGAUCAUGAGCCAUUAUUUGAACAGGAAAUAUACUAUUUCGCUGUAAAUGGAACUUUGGACAAGAAUGUUAAUAAUGGAACUGCACGUUGGCAAAGAUUUUCUAAUAUUGGUAAAGUUCAUGCUCACGAUGCCGAUGGUGAUCGAGUCUACUAUUCUAUAAAGACACCUACAAAUCUUGCUGUUAUUGUACCUCAAACUGGCGAGUUGAUACUUGCUGGCGAACCCGACAGUUAUGAAGCAGAAUUGUUGGUUCUCGCCCAUGACACUGGUACCCCCUCAAGAAAAAGUAAGCCAGCUCAGGUGUUCCUAGAGUUCAUUAUUCGGGAGCGAAAAGAUUUACCCGCACUUCAUCGUGAGAAACGUCGUGUUACUAGAGCCGUUCGUCCAACAAAACGCAUAGAAUUCACUGAAGGUGACGGUGAAGUUGAGGGACGUGCAGUUUUUACGCUUGAAAAAGAAACUGAUCGUGAAACAUUUAAAAUUCGUGAUGAAAAUCCGUGGGUUACAGUGGAACCUAGUGGUGUUGUAAAAGUUAAAAAGAAGUGGGACUUUGAGGAGCUCGGGCCCGAGAAGACUAUCGAUUUUUGGGUUACCAUCACAAAUGCUGGAAAUGGAGCCGUGGAAUGGAUGCGACAGGUUGCGACCACCGUGCUGAAUGCGUUGAUAAUCGGAGACCUGUCGCACGGCCUCAGUUUUGUCGAUUCUUUACGCCAACCCCCAUGA